CAUGUUGUAUUUGUGUAAAAUUAAAACUUAAAAAUCAUGCGUUUAUGAUAGAAAAAGUGUUAAUGGAGACUCACAGCUGUGAUAGUUGACUUGAAUGACACUCUGUAUAUAUGAUUGCAAGGAUAUGUUAUAUUUCAUGAAGCUCAAGUGUGAGUGUGAGAUUAGGAGACGUAAUCGAUCAAAAGACAAGCUUCUUGAAGCAUUGGAAAUAGCAAAAUCAGCUUUGCCUAUUGCUCAGUCUUUGCUACCAUCAGAAAGUUAUGAAAUUUUCCAGCAUAAACUGCAAAUUGCUAGAUGUAACAGGGAAUUAGGAAACACGGGGACGUGCAUUGAACAACUGAAAGAGAUGAGGAGAGUUGAGGAGACAAGCAUGCCUGAUUCACAUUACAGACUAUGCCAGGUAAUCAAAGAAUUAGGAGGCAUACAUGAGGAGAGAGGUGAUUUAGUUGAAGCUCUGACGUGUUAUAAGGAAGCAUUAGACCUGUACCAGCAGGAGGACAUUUCUUAUCAUUUGGAAAUUGCUAAUAGUUUGAUAACAUUCUUGACUCAACAUGACAUCAUAUUAAAGAUGGGCAACGUCACUGAUGCUGUAAAGCAUUUAGAGCAGUCUAUAGAAAUUAGAGAACAGAAGCAGUUAUCACUUUGUCUUGAAACUGGUCUAUGUUAUGGAUGUCUUGCAAUUUGUUAUGAGCGGAUGCUAAAACAAAUGCUAGAAAGACAGACAACAUUUGAACAAAUGCUACAAGGAAUCCAUCAAGCACGAGAGGCAUUUACUAAAUCUCUCAACAUACUGUUAUUUUAUUCAAAUUUUGAUCAAGAAAUAUUGAAAGUGUUGAGGCGCCUUGCUGCUUCAUAUGUCAUGAAAUUUGAUGAGGAGACUAUAGAUGAGAAGGCCACUAUGCUAAAACUAAUAGCAAGGAAAGCAUAUACUUGGAGAGAUUAUGCCAGAGCUAAAGAUUUGUUCUACAUGCAAAUGAAAGUUGAAGCUGCUACAAUGGUUUUACAGCCAGUACAAAAAGCUAUUGCACUACACGACAUCGGUUUGUGUCAGAUACGUCUCUCACAGUUGGACGAAGCUGAGGAAAUGCUUACUAAAUCACUGAGAAUUGCUCAAUCUCUGAGACCAGAAGAGCAUCAAGGUUUACAGAUUUCAUCCAUCAAAAAUCUGCUUGGACUAGUUCGGAUGCUGAAGUACUUUAGAACGUUAGAUUAGGUACAGACUUAAACUAUUAGUAACACAAUACAGUCACAAGAUUCAUGAAGUGUAUUUUACAGUUAGUGCUGAUUGUCAUAUGUCUAACUGUUUGUUUGCUUUUUGUCUGCUUAUUGAUAUCAAAUAUAUUCUAAACUUUAU